AAUUACUGAGAGCUGCACAAAAAGAACGAGAGAUAGUGUCAAACCAUCAAAACAAAAACACUCUCACAUUUCAGCAUUUGAGUGAAGUUUUUUUGUUCAUUUGAAAAAACACACUUUUGCACACUUUAUAUACGAAAAAUAGGUUGUAACAAAUCCAUUAUUAUGGAUCUACAAGAUACGGAUGGCAUUGAUUCGGACAAAUUUGUGAUAUUUCAACAAGAUGAUUUACAUGCAGAGAGUUUUCCACUCAUGAAGGAGAUUCGACGUUUGGGAAAACUGUGUGACGUCACGCUUAAAGUGGAAGAUCAAUCAUUCUCAGCACAUCGGGUGGUAUUGGCAGCAACAAUUCCGUAUUUCUACGCAAUGUUUACCCACGAUAUGGCCGAAAGUCGAGUCAAAGAAAUCACAAUGAAAGAAAUUGAUCCACAAGCGUUAGAGACGUUGAUAAAUUUUGCAUAUAGUGGAAUGGUAAAAAUUGACAACCAAAAUGUUCAAACUCUAAUGGUUGGAGCUGCUUUUUUACAAUUGAAUAAAGUUCGCGAUGCGUGUGCGGAUUUCUUAGUAUCACGAUUUCACUCGCACAACGUGCUAGGUAUAAGACAAUUUGCUGAUUCUCUAGGCUGUUCUCAAUUAGUAUCUGAAGCAGAGAACUAUAUACAUUCCAAUUUUACGAAAGUGUCAAGCUCUGAUGAAUUUCUAAAUUUGACCAUUGAUGAAUUAAUUGAUAUUAUUCGACGCGAUGAGUUGAAUGUACGAAAUGAAGAAAAUAUAUUUGAGGCAUGCAUGAGAUGGAUAAAAUGGGAUGAUAGUAGAAAAUCUUCGUUGCCAGAAGUAUUGUCCAAAGUACGAUUGCCUUUGUUAACACCACAAUUUCUUGCCGAUCGAGUCGCGACUGAAGAUUUGAUUCGUACUUCACACCAAUGUCGAGAUUUACUGGAUGAAGCAAAAGACUUUCAUUUGAUGCCUGAGCGAAGAGCACUAGUGCAAAGUUUUCGAACAAGACCACGUAAUUUUUAUGAUUCGUCAGUUGGUCAAAUAUUUGCUGUCGGUGGGCUUACAAAGAAUGGUGAUUCCGUUUCAACAGUGGAAAUUUAUGAUCCACUGACAAAGGAAUGGAAAAUGGGCGAAGCGAUGUCAAUGCUGCGAUCACGUGUUGGAGUUGCCGUUACGGGAGGGAAACUUUAUGCAUUUGGUGGAUUUAAUGGAUCGGAACGGUUAUCAACAGUAGAAGUGUACAAUCCAAAAACUAAACUAUGGUCACAAGGAAAAGCUAUGGCAAAAAGACGCAGUGCUGUUGGUGUAGCGGCACUCGAUGAUCGUAUCUAUAUCUGCGGUGGUUACGAUGGGUGUACUUCGCUCUCCACAGUUGAAUGCUAUUGCCCAAAAACUGAUUCAUGGUCGACGGUAGCACCGAUGAAAAAAUUUAGGAGUGCUGGAGGAGUUGCUGCUUUGGGCAAAUAUGUUUAUGCAUUGGGUGGUCACGAUGGUCUUUCAAUUUUCGAUUCAGUUGAAAGGUAUGAUCACAUUACUUGCAGAGGUGCGCACGCAUUUUUUUUUGGGGGGGAUAGCU